AAUGCAUCCAACUUAGUGUCAUGUUUGCAAGUACUGAACUCUAGUCUCGUUGUCGUCGUGUGCACGUGUGUCCUUUUGAACGUUAUUUUCUUGGCAACAUUUUACUGGAAGAACAUUGAGGAAAAUGAGCUAAUGGAGAAUAAGAACCUAAAUGGAGGAAACCUUAACGCUGAUCAGAGGUUAUGGAGUCUAAAAAAUGACGCUUCUAGUGGACUAAUGAUCUUUACCAUAGCAACGACAUUCUGUGACCGGAUUUCUCUUUACGGAUUUUAUCCAUUCCACAUUGGCCCCCAUGGUGACAGUCUACCAUACCAUUACUACGACAGGGGUACGUGGAAAGGUGUGCAUAAUCUGGAGAGCGAAUACCAG